CUCUUUUAUUACAAAAGUAUUUUAUUGUUUAUUUACUCAACAAUUGAGUGGAAAGUCUUCGAGAGUCACUCAGAUCUGAUCCAUUGGUCAUUAUCUCAACCCAACGUCUUCUGGAGUCCAUUGGGAACAACAGGAAUGGUGUCCACAAAAGAGCUGAUCUCUCGUCUGUCGCGAAACACGUUAUAUCUGUCGCUCAUCUCAUCCGCGGGUCUAUUGCUGUCAUUGUAUUCGCUAUACAUUGAAGUCCGUCACGAAAAUAGUGGCAGAUUUGACGCCUUUUGUGACAUUAAUUCAUACAUCAGUUGUUCUAAAGUAUUCCUCUCGAAAUAUGGCACCGGUUUCGGAGUAUUGCCGCCGCCAUUGAAUUUGCCGAAUCCAGUGUUUGGUAUCAUUUUCUACUUCUUUCAGAUCAUAAUAUCCAACAUAUCGUAUAAUAACGUAUUUCUGGCCAAACUAUACAUCGCUAACGCCGUCCUCUCGAACAUCGGUUCCGUAUAUUUGGCGUACAUUUUGGCGUUUGUGUUGAAGAACUUGUGUAUAGUAUGUGUAGCCAUAUAUGCCGUCAACUUUGCGAUGCUUUUGGUGUCCAUNACUGCCGCGUCUGUACGGACUUCCCGAACGACUUCG